UGUUGAGCUGAGGAAUUGUGCAGGAGGAAGCAAUCCCUGUGACUCUGCUCUGUGGCGCACGGUUCCAGAUUAAGGUUUUAGUUUUUGAGGAAGGAGGGGUGCCAUUUCUGCAGAAACAGUUUGAUAACCGAAAUCUGCGGGGGGGGGGGGGGCAGAUUUGGAGCGACAGUUUGAGCUCCCGCCGCACAGGGUGUUUCCUUAUGUUUGGCUCCUGUUGCCACUCGUCUCUAUAAUUACAAGAGAUGAUCUUGCGUGUUUACGUUGGCCGAUCCAUCUGCGCUCCAUCGCUGCUUGUUUGUUUGCAGUAUUUACCUCACGCGACAUUACUACGCAUUCAAAUCACUAAUGAUUUGUUUUCAUUUAAUGCGGCGGGGCCCGGGCCAUUUCCAAUGUGCCCGAGGGCAAAGUUUCAACAGAUAGCAGGAUGAUAGUUGGCAUAUUUAGUUUGGCCUCGAAGCUAAUCACACCCAAAUUACCAGCCGGCUGAAAAUCAUAAACACACACGAGUCACACACACACAGCCCCCUUGAAUGCUUUUUUUAUUAUUAGUAUUUUUUUCUCCACAUCCGCACCACAUUCCAAAACACUUUUUCAACUAAAGUUGCCAUCUUGUGUCCCCUCCUCCUCUCCAGGGACUUUACCGCUGAGGCGUCGGAUGGAUGAUGAGGAGGAGGACAUGUCACGGCCCAUCUCGCAGCUCUGGGGAACGCCCUUCAGGGACGUCAAGUACGAGGAGCGCGCCACGCAGAUCGCGGCUGGACAGGCCCUCGCCGCCGCGCCCACGUCGCAGAGCCACAACAACAACAACAACGAGGACAUCGACGCCAUGCCUUGCAGUCUACACCGGCAGCCUCGCAUACCCUUUCACGGCAACGCUGGAUUACGCUCACAUUUCCCCGCUCAGUUUGAGCCCACGGAGGACCGGGGAGAGAGGCGCGUCGAAGAGGACGAGGAGGAGGAGGAGGAGGAGGAGGAGGGCAGAGCGGAGGGAGACGGCAGGAUGGCAGAGAGGCCCGAGGAGCAGCGGGCCGGGGCGAGCGUGGAGGCCCAAAUCGGUCGCAAACUUCGGGAGAUCGGAGACAAGUUCCAACAGGAUCACGUUGAACUGUUCAUGAGGCAUCAGAGACCAAACCUGCCCGCCUGGAUGCGCCUCACCAUGGCCCUGUUUGGCUUCCUGUUUCCGAGAGAGGCCCUCGUCCCCCGCCUGAGAGGAGAGCACAGAUGAAGGGGCUUCCUGCUGCCUCCCCCCCCCCCCCAGCCCCUGUUGUUUGACAGGGACGAGGGACCAGACAUUUAAGAUGGCACUGUAAGAUGGAACACGGGUUUGGAUUUUGUUUUCUAAUUGAUCCUCGAAGAUGAGAUGAAGAAAACACUGGUCCCCGCUGGACGGAGACUGAUUACAAUUUUUCUUUGUUAUUUUUUUUUUUCUCCGCCUCUCCAAGAAGAAGCCAUUGCGAUUGAAGAGAUAUUUUCGAAAUAUUUGUAAGAUUACCUAUUUUGUACAGUAAACUGCUCUUUUUAUUUGGUAUUGAAGGACCUCCAUCAGUCCGGGGAAUGCCUUAUUCUCUCCUGCCACAGUACUUUUGCGUCAAGGAAAUAUAAAUAUAAAAAUAUAGAGAUUGAUUUUACGAUUAGCCUUUUUUUGGCGACAAACUGUGGACGUGGACACUUCUGUGCUAAAGUCACUGACUUCGAACCUUGCGUCCUCGAGGCAUGUUCUAAUUUAUUCCCAGACAAAAGAAACCCAACAAGCCCCGUACCUUUCCUUUAGCGCUCCACACCGGCCCAUUUGAAGGUGGUUGUCAUGACGUCGUGGCGGUGUUGCAC